GGCUCCCAGUAUGUGUCACUCAAGCAAUGACGUCACAUCUGCUUGGCUUUUCCGGUAUGAGUGGGUGGAGCUCCGGUGUCCCGGGUCUGGAUUCUUUACUGGGAGAGAGAGCGAGACGAGGAUGGUCGCGAAUGUGCAGCCAUAUUCGGCUUAACGGACAAGCUCACCGGCUAACGCUGGGAGAAUUAUAGACUUAACAAAAACAACAAACAAACCCGACUCCCAAAGCGCGUGGAGUUCUAAUUCUUUUAAUUAAAGAAUCGAAUUUUCGGGAUAUUCACGGGGAGAGAAUAUGGACGUCCGGCCAAGCUGAUAUUCGACGGGAUAGAAAACGCCUCCCAUCCCUGUUUCUAUCAGAGUGAGAAGUGUGGGGAUUAACGUUAGGCAGGAAAAGCCGAAGCAGCAAUGGAAGCGGCGGGGCCUGGAGCCUGAACACGGACGGCUCGGGAAUUAGCGCGCUGCUAGGUAGCGGUCCGACCGAUUCGAGCGACUCGAGCAUAAUGUUAGGUUUGUUUUGCUAGCUAGCUAACUCAAUGGCUAGCUAGCAAGUUGGAGUCUGCGACUUCAGAGCUCCACCUCGGCCCAGCAGAGAUUUCUUUUUCUCUCUCCCUAUAGUCGCCGGUAAUCCCUUUUGCGGGAAGGAAGGUGUUUUGUUUUUAUUAGGAUUAUCACCACCACCAUUAUUAUUAUUAUUAUCAUCAUUAUUAUUAUUAUCAUCUUUGUCCUGCGGUAAGGAAGAGUGGUCAGGCCGCUGAUACAAAAAUGUCGGCGAAGGUGCGCCUCAAGAAGUUGGAGCAGUUGCUGCUGGAUGGUCAUGAGAAGAGCCCGAGCUCCCUGAGUGUGGAGACCCUGCUGGAUAUUCUCAUCUGUUUAUACAACGAAUGCAGCAGUUCGCCCUUGAAACGGGAGAAACACGUGACCGAGUUUUUAGAAUGGGUGAAGCCGUUCACCACUACUGUAAAAGACAUGCGGCUCCACCGGGACGACUUUGAGAUGCUCAAGGUGAUAGGCAGGGGUGCCUUCGGAGAGGUUGCUGUGGUAAAGAUGAAAAACACAGAGCGCAUUUACGCCAUGAAAAUUCUGAACAAGUGGGAGAUGCUGAAGAGGGCUGAGACCGCCUGUUUCAGAGAGGAGAGGGACGUUCUGGUGAACGGAGACUGCCAGUGGAUCACGACCCUGCAUUAUGCUUUUCAGGAUGAUAAUUACCUGUACCUGGUGAUGGACUACUAUGUGGGCGGAGAUCUGCUAACACUACUCAGCAAGUUCGAGGACAGGUUACCUGAGGAGAUGUCCAAGUUCUAUGUGGCAGAGAUGGUUCUUGCCAUUCACUCGAUCCACCAGCAGAAUUAUGUGCACAGGGAUAUUAAGCCUGAUAAUGUUCUGCUUGAUAUGAAUGGCCACAUCCGCCUGGCUGAUUUUGGUUCCUGUCUACGGAUGAUGCCAGACGGCACGGUGCAGUCGUCAGUAGCAGUGGGAACCCCAGACUACAUCUCCCCAGAGAUUCUGCAGGCCAUGGAGGAUGGCAUGGGGAAGUAUGGGCCCGAGUGUGACUGGUGGUCUCUGGGUGUGUGCAUGUACGAGAUGCUGUAUGGGGAGACGCCUUUCUACGCAGAGUCUCUGGUUGAGACUUACGGCAAGAUCAUGAACCAUGAGGAACGCUUCCAGUUCCCCUCUCACAUAACGGAUGUGUCAGAGGAUGCCAAGGACCUGAUGCAGCGGCUGAUCUGCAGCAGGGAUCGCAGGCUAGGGCAGAACGGCAUCGAGGAAUUUAAGAAACACCCCUUCUUCUCUGGCCUUGACUGGGAGAACAUUCGCAGUACUGAAGCUCCUUAUAUUCCUGACGUCAGUUCUCCAUCUGACACCUCCAACUUUGAUGUGGAUGAUGAUGUACUGAAAAACCCGGACAUUGCUCCUCCCAUCUCCCACACUGGUUUCACUGGUCAGCACCUGCCCUUUGUGGGUUUCACCUACACUACAGAGAGCUGCUUCUCAGAUCGGGGUCGGCUCAGGCUGGCAGCUCUGGCUGAUGGAGGUUCGGGAGAGGAGCUGCAGCCCCAUAAAGAUGGGGGCUUACAGCUGGAGGUCUUUGAGAGGAGGAUCCGCUCACUAGAGCAGGAAAAACAGGAGCUCAGCCGCAAGCUACAGGAAUCUACACAGGCUGUGCAGUCUCUUCACGGUUCAGGCCGCGGCACAAGCACACUUGGCCGCGAUAAAGAGAUCAAAAAGCUUAACGAGGAGAUCGAUCGCCUCAAGAAGAAACUAGCUGACUCCGAUAGGCUGGAGCACCAGCUGGAGGAAGCAGUGACUUUGCGGCAAGACUAUGAGAGCUCCUCCACCAAGCUCAGGGCUCUGGACAAGCAAGUCAAAAGUCUUCGCCAGGAGAAAGAAGACAUCAAUAAGCAACUGGUGGAGUCUCUGGAGCGCCUGAAGUCUCAGACGAAGGAGCUGAAAGACGCUCACCAACAGAGGAAGCUGGCCAUGCAGGAGUUCUCCGAGCUAAACGAGCGCAUGGCUGAGCUGCGCUCACACAAGCAGCGGCUCUCGCGACAGCUCCGCGACAAGGAGGAGGAGAUGGAGGUGCUCAUGCAGAAGCUCGACGGCAUGCGACAGGACAUCCGCAAGACCGAGAAGGCCCGCAAAGAGCUGGAAGCUCAGCUGGAAGAUGCUCGUGCAGAAGCUUCUAAGGAGCGAAAGCUGCGAGAACACAGUGAAGUUUACUCCAAACAGCUGGAAAGUGAGCUGGAGACACUAAAGGUGAAGCAGGGCACCGGUCGAGCAUCAAAUGUAAGCUCUGAGACCCAGCAGGAGCUGACAAAGGUGAAGUCUGAGCUGGAUAAGAAGGUACUGUUCUAUGAGGAAGAGCUUGUAAAGCGUGAUGCCUGCCAUGGCACCGAGCUAAAGAACCUACGCAAAGAGCUGCACGAUUCAGAGAGCCAGCAGGUCUCCCUGCAGAAGGAGCUGCUUGUGCUUAAGGACAAGUUGGAGAAAGCCAACAAGGAACGGCAAAUGGAGAUGGACGAGGCUCUGGGUUCUCUAAAAGAGAAAUUUGAGCGUGAACGGAGCCUGCUGACCGAGGAGAACCGCAAGCUGACCUCAGAAACAGACAGGCUAUGCACAUUUGUGGACAAACUAACAACCCAGAACAGACAGCUGGAGGACGAGUUGCAGGACUUGGCCUCAAAGAAGGAGAGUGUUGCACACUGGGAGGCACAGAUCGCUGAGAUCAUUCAGUGGGUGAGUGAUGAGAAGGAUGCACGUGGCUAUCUGCAAGCGCUAGCCUCGAAGAUGACUGAGGAGCUGGAGUCACUGCGCAGCUCCAGCCUGGGAUCCAGACAUCUGGAUCCCUUGUGGAAGGUGCGUCGCAGUCAGAAGCUGGACAUGUCUGCUCGUUUAGAGCUGCAGUCCGCUCUGGAUGCUGAGAUAAGAGCCAAGCAACUGGUCCAGGAAGAGCUGCGCAAAGUCAAGGCUGCCAACAUCUCCUUUGAGAGCAAACUGAAAGAUUCAGACGUGAGGAACAGGGAGUUGGAAGAGCAGCUGGAAAGCAUGAAGAAAGACCUGGAGGAGAGCCGCACACGUUCUGACCGAGGUCUCAAACUUCCAGACUUCCAGGACUCCAUCUUUGCAUUCUUCAACACUUCUCCCCUGGCCCAUGACCUUACAUUCAGAACUAGCUCAGUCAGUGAGGCUGAUGCCACGCCUCAGAAAACGGACGCUCCCUCUCCCUCACCCUCAGCAGCUUCAGAGCAGGAUGAGCCCAUAAAGCUGCCUGCAACCACUCCAACCACCCCAUCUCCAGCUUACCAGUCAUCAUUGCUCACAGCACCAAAGCCUAAAGCUCACCAGCUGAGCAUUAAGACCUUCUCGAGUCCAACACAAUGUACACACUGCACAUCUCUGAUGGUGGGCCUGAUCAGACAGGGAUAUGCCUGCGAGGUAUGUUCCUUUAUCUGUCACGUGUCCUGUAAGGACAACGCUCCUCAGGUGUGCCCUAUUCCACCAGAGCAGGCCAAGAGGCCACUGGGAAUUGAUGUGCAGAGGGGUAUUGGCACAGCCUACAAAGGCUUUGUUAGGAUCCCGAAGCCUACUGGAGUGAAGAAGGGUUGGCAGAGAGCAUACGCUGUGGUAUGUGACUGUAAACUCUUCCUGUAUGAGGUCCCUGAAGGGAAGUCCACUCAACCUGGUGUGGUGGCCAGCCAGGUCCUUGACCUCAGAGAUGAGGAGUUCUCUGUAAGCUCUGUGUUGGCAUCAGAUGUGAUUCAUGCUACCCGUAAAGACGUGCCUUGCAUAUUCAGGGUAACGUCGUCCACACUGGGCUCUCCAUCGCGGGUGGUGUCUCUGCUGGUCUUGGCUGAGAGUGAGGCUGAGAAAAGGAAGUGGGUGGGCAUCCUGGAGGGUCUGCAGUGUAUCUUAACCAAGAACCGCCUGAAGAACCAAAUAGUGCACGUUCUGCACGAGGCUUAUGACAGCAACCUGCCUGCGAUUAAAACCACACUCUCUGCAGCCAUCAUUGACCGAGAGCGAAUAGCAUUGGGCACAGAGGAGGGCCUGUUUGUGGUGGAGGUUACCAGAGAUGUCAUUGUGCGUGCUGCUGACUGCAAGAAAGUCCACCAGAUUGAGAUAGUCCCUCAAGAGAAGAUGGUGGUGCUGCUGUGUGGCCGCAACCGACAUGUGCACCUGCACCCGUGGGGGGCACUGGAUGGUGCCGAGCCGGCGUAUGAUGUGAAACUGGCUGAGACAAAGGGCUGUCAGGCUCUUAGUGUGUGCUCGCUGCGACCGGGUGGCUCCGCCUACAUGAUGGCCGCUGUCAAGCGCCAGGUGUUUUGCUACGAGAUCACGCGAGCCAAGCCUUAUGCACGUCGUCUGUGGGAGGUGCAGGCCCCAGGCGUGGUGCAGUGGCUGGGCAUGGUGCGUGGGCGAGUGUGCGUAGGCUACCCAUCAGGCUUUGCUCUGCUGGCACUGCAGUCUGAGGUGGCUCCUGUGAGCUUAGUGAGCCCCGCUGAUCCUUCGCUUGCCUUCCUUGCUCAGCAACCACUGGAUGCUCUUCAUGCAAUGGAGGUGGGUGCCAAUGAGCUGCUGCUUUGCUUCAGCCAGCUUGGCGUAUAUGUGGACGGCCAAGGCCGCCGUUCACGCACCCAGGAGCUCAUGUGGCCUGCUACACCACUCGCAUGUAGCUCAAACUCCACUUACCUGACUGUGUACAGUGAUUACGGGGUUGAUGUAUUUGAUGUCCACACCACAGAAUGGGUCCAAACCAUUUCAUUAAGGAAGAUCAGACCCCUGAAUGUGGAGGGCAGUCUGAACUUACUGGGCUCAGAGCAGCCCCGCCUCAUCUACUUCAGCAACAAUGCUACAGAAGGGCGCGAUCUGACUAUACCGGAGACCUCAGAUAAUAUUAAGAAACUGAUGGUGAGGACACGCAGCAAGAGAAAGUUCCUCUUCAAGGUUCCUGAAGAAGAGCGGCUACAGCAGAGGAGGGAGAUGCUGAGGGACCCAGAAAUGAGGUCCAAGCUGAUCUCCAACCCGACGAAUUUCAACCACGUAGCCCAUAUGGGUCCAGGAGACGGGAUGCAAGUUCUCAUGGACCUGCCUCUGUCGUGCGAGACUCCCUCCCCCUCUUCCUCUCGACACCACGCCCUGAUCUCCCCUCCAACCAACUUUGAGCACGUCUAUCACAUGAGUCCUGCCUCUGCUGGGCUCUAUCUGCAGAAAGAGGUUUCCUCCCAGCAGAGCCUGCCUCAGCUCUCCUCCUCUUCCUCCUCACCUUCCACCUCCUCCCUCGGAAGGAGCGUGAUGCCUUCUUCUCAGGAUGACUUGACCAAGGACAAACCACGUCCUCUUUCUAGUAUUUCAAGGCAAACGAGGAGUAAGACCCACAUCACACGCACUGCCUCAGGGGGUGGUGAAUUCAUAGGAGCGGGGUCAUCUCGCAAUAUCUCGGAUCCUGAUCAGGACUUCGAAAGAGAGCCUGACUCAGACUCCACCAAACACUCCACCCCAUCCAACAGCUCGAACCCGAGCAGCCCUCCGAGCCCCAACUCACCCCACCGCAGUCAGCUUACUCUGGAUGGCUUGGAACACACCCUGGAUGGCUGAGAGCGAAACACAGCACACGAUCCACACAAACACCUCUUCACUUUAUCAUACUGUUCCUACCAUUCCCUUCCGCUCAGUUAGAACUUGCUACAAAGUGCCAAGACUCAAAAGUGUCAUCAUCUUCAGUCCAUUACUCUCCCUAACGUGAUGGACAACAAAAAUGCUCAUUCCUGCUGGAUGCUGUGCGAGAACAUAUCCCCUGAACAGAGCUGGGAAACUGCGUCACAGUCAGAAAGUCACGGCAUCUCGAUGAAAACCUGAGCUCCUGCUGUGUCUGGUCAGAGGAAGUGUGUCAAAUACACCCCCUGUUGGAGCGUUUGAAGCAGUAUAGCUAGCAGGGUGUAAUAAUGCUUAUUAUAAUUUUUUUAAAUCUCAGUUUCGUGUCAUGCUCAUGUGAGGGUUUUUGUUUUGUUUUGUUUUUUUAAGAUCAAAUUAAAUUCCCAGAAAAUCAGAGGCUCACAUUAAAAAAAAUCAUGCUCUGAUGAUGAGAAUUUCUUAAAAAGACUGCUUUUGCAAUUUUUAAAGUGUAUAAAGUUUCAGUGGACGUGUUCACUCAUCACGUGAUGGUGAUCGGAAGGAACUCUUUAUGACUCUGGAGACCACGGAAGAGACAUCUUCCCUUUAUUUCAUUUGGCCCAGUAACAAAAAAACAAACAAAAACAAAACGCCUUUUUGCUGUUUUUUUGAUCACUGACACCUCUCUCUGUAUCUCCUCUGAUUAGUUAUCAGACUUCGGGGAUUUUACGCCAAACCUGUGGGCACUUUUAUGAUAAUGGGUUUUUUUUUUGUUUGUUUUGUUUUGUUGUUUUUUUGUUUUUUUUUUGGGGUGGGGGGGGGGUGUUCAACUCUGCAUUUUCAGCCAGCUUUUGUAAUAUUCAUGUUUUAACCUAGAUGUUUGACACGAAAAGAUUUAGCUGGUGGAACACUGCUCAUAAACGAUAAUAAAAAAAAAAGAAAAACUAAAGUGAACAGAAACAAGACUUUACAUAUAGAUAAGUGUUCUAACAAAAGAAAUGGCACACAGCUAAAGGACCACAUUAUUCAUAGGAUUUUAAUAGUUGUUCUGAAACUGCUGCUGCUGCUUUUGUGUGCUUUAUAAAGAAAUAAAUAUGUGAUAAGUUUCUCAUCAUAGCCAUGCUCAGUCCCCAGUUUUUAAGCUGUUGCAUUAUGGACCAUCUACAAACCAUUGUGUGCGAGUCUCUCGAAGUGAUUAUGUGGGUUUGGGAAUUGGAUGAGGACUGACACGAGCUCCAGACAUGACUGGUGUAUCCUCUUUUUUUUUUUUUUUUUUUUUCUUCUUCCCCCAGUAGUGUGCCUUCAGUUCCCCAAUACAUUGUCAACUAAAGCAUUUCAGUUUUUUUUUUUUUUUUUUUUUUUUAAAAGUCCGGGUAAUUGUUUUAUUUUGUGUCCUUCCCAUAAAAACACUGUAUAAAACUUGCACACGAAUAUGUUUUAGAGUCCAAGAUUUUUUUGUGUGUGUUGGUGGUGAUCUCUGUUCCUCCUUCCCCCACCCCUCCACCUGACUUCUAAAAACAGGACUUUAUCCUCAAAACACUACUGCUUUUGCUUCAGAAGGAAAAAAAAUCACAACAUAAAAUCUUUGUAAUUAUUGAAUUGUUAGUCUCAUAAAUCUGAACAAACAAUAAAAGAGUACCUGUGACACUUUUGUUGUCAAACUAGUGUGUAAGAAGGGACUAUUACAGGGUUUUGCGCUCAAUUCAAAUCUCUUGACGUCGUCGUUUCUAUACAACGGUCCAUGUUUAUGUCUGAGGGUUGUGCGAAGACUUUUUGACUAUUAUCUCAUCUGAAACACACAAUCUUAUUCUGUAGUCUGAUUAGGAAGGAAAGAGAUUCGUGCUCUGAAUUAAAAACACUUUAAGCAGCUAAGGGUCCCUUUUAUAGGCCCCUUUUAAGUUCAGGAUAUUCAGUCCCCUCUGAAAGUAUUGGAACAACAGGGCCCAUUCUCUUUGUUUUCGUGAUGCAUUGAAGACAUUUGGGUUUGUGAUCAAAAGAUGAAUGAGACGACAGAUCAGAAUUUCAGCUUUCAUUUCCUGAUAUUUACAUCUAGAUAUUUUAAACAACUUAGAACAUGACAUUUUUGGUGGCAGAGCGUACAAUUUAUAGAUGUGCAAAAGUAACCAAACUGGUGCAUUCUUCUUUUGUGAUUCUUUUCCAGGCUUGUACCACAGAUUCUUCCGGUUGUUGUUUGUUUCAGGGGGUUUCUCCCUUCAGUCUCCUCUUCAGAAGGUGAAAAGCUGCUCACUUGGGUUAAGUUCUGGUGAUUGACUUGGCCAGCCAUAAACCUUGCACUUUUUCCACCUGAUGAAGUCCUUAGUUGUGUUGGUAGUGUGUUUUUAGCUCAUUGUCUUGCUGCAUGAUGAAGUUCCUCCCGAUUAGACUGGAUGCAUUUCUCUGUAAAUUGGACGACAGAUUGUUUCUGUAGACUUCUGAACCUACCGGUUCACCUAUCAAUCAGGUGUUCAAGUAUUUUUGAUCACUUGAAAAAAAUGGGUGGGUUCAAACAAAAAGGUACCAUGUUCUAAGUUAGGUAACACAUCUAGAUGUAAAUAUCAGAAAAUAUGAAAGCUGAUUCUGAUCUGUGAUCUCAUAUUCAUCUUUAGAUCUCAAACUCAAAUGUCUUCCAUGUAUAGCGAAAACAAUAGAAUGGGCCCUGCUGUUCCAAUACUUUCGGAGGGGACUGUACACUUUGGGUAAAUUAAAGUAUUACCUGUGUGAGAUUUUUCUGCAUAUUAAGAUGGGAAUAUGAUUUGGUUUUUUGCCAAAUAAUUUCAGUUAUGAGCCUCUUUCAUCUCAUACUAAGCUCAUUCAGAAUACAUUUCCGAAUUUUACAUUUGUGGAUUCUGAAUCGAGAAUAGCUCUGUUUAUACCACAGCACUGUCGAAUGCUCGAUUCUGAUUGGUCACAAGGUGUUGAUUUAAAUUUUCUAUAACAGCAGCUUUGACAGCAACAGUGCUGGUUUUUAUUCAAAUCACAGGUUGAUAUUAGUGCUCUUCUUUUAAUACAUUAUCAUUUCUAUAGUAAUAACAGGCACCUGUAUGGCGGACUCUCCACAUAAAUGUGUUAAAAACAUGGGUAAUCUUUUGAUAAGGUCAAGUGUUCUGCAAGGAGACAUUUCUGUAGUGUUAGCAUUUUGCUGUGCUUUUGUGGUGGUAUGCGUUGUGGUUUCUCUGCAUUUUCUGUUUUGUUUUUUUUAAUUAACUUCACUCGAGAGGAGAAACUGUUGUAACAGGAUAGCAGGAACUAACUUGUUUCCAAAACACUGAGACGCAGCUAAACAAAUAAAAUGUGACAUUCUAUAAUUUAAUUACAAAAAUGUAAAUCACUAGUAAUUUGCUGUGCUACACGAGGGGGAAAACAUCACAGGACAUGCUGUUAUUGUAGAAUAAUCAUCUCCAGGGCAUCACACUCCCCCAUUAAUGAUUCAUCUAGAAUAGCACACCCUGUAGUGUUUUAUUCCUUACUUAGGAAAUUCCCAACUCUUCUCGAUCCCAACUCCCAAUAGGGCUAACCCUGAAUACUGCUGCUAGGAAUAAACAAACAAAUUACCCCCUCAGUUUGGAAUUGCUAUGUAGGAGCGUUUUGAUUUAUUAUUGUUCUUGUAUGAACCAAAUAUAUCAAACAUUACAUUUGCUGACAAUAAGUAUAUAAUAAGCACAGGGGGUCUUUAUUAUCAUGUAAAAAGCAAAAACAAAAUGUAGUUAUAAUAAUAGUAGUAGUAAUAAUAAUAAUACAUUCAUAUCAUAAAUUUGCUCAAUUUUCCUGGGUAGAAGA